GCGCGGAGGUGGGGAGGAUAGGUCCUUGCGCGAGCGCUGCUCCGCCGGCGGUUACUUAGCAGUUGGGAGCGGGCGGUCGCUGCGGCUCUCUGUGCUUGGGAGGCUCUGCCGCCUCGGAGCUCGACGCAGCCGCUUCUCGCCUCGCCAUGUCUAAGGAAACGAAGAAGCCCUUCCGCCAGAGCAUGACGGAGUGGCGACAGUUCAUCUAUAACCCUAACAGCGGAGAGUUCCUGGGGCGCACGGCGAAGAGCUGGGGUUUGAUCUUGCUGUUCUAUCUGGUAUUUUAUGGCUUCCUAGCAGCACUCUUCACAUUCACAAUGUGGGUUAUGCUUCAGACACUGAGCAAUGAUAUACCAAAAUACCGUGACCGGAUUUCCAGUCCAGGACUUAUGAUUUCACCAAAACCAGACACUGCACUGGAAUUUUACUUUAACAAGAGUGAUGCCCAGUCAUAUGCAGAAUAUGUUGCUACACUUAGAAAAUUCCUUGAAUCAUAUGAUGAUUCCAAGCAAUCCCAAAACAUAAACUGUACACCAGGAAGGAUUUUUGAUCAGAAUGAUGUUGCUGUUAAAAAGGCAUGUCGAUUUAACCUCUCCGAGCUUGGCCAGUGCUCUGGAAAGGAAGAUAAGACCUUUGGCUAUUCUAAAGGAACUCCCUGUGUGCUUGUGAAAGUAAAUAGAAUAAUUGGGUUAAAGCCUGAAGGAGAACCACGUAUACAAUGUGCAUCUAAGGAAGCAGGCAUGGUUGAGAUAAAUUAUUUUCCUCCUGAAGGCUUGAUUGACUUAAUGUACUUUCCAUACUAUGGGAAAAGCUUGCAUGCUCACUAUUUACAGCCUCUAGUGGCUGUUCAACUAGCAAUUAACUCCAACAGUACCAAAGAAGAAAUAGCAAUUGAGUGUAAGAUCCUGGGCUCACCUAAUUUAAAAAAUGAAGAUGACCGUGACAAGUUUCUGGGACGAAUUGCCUUCAAAGUUCAGAUGACUGAAUAGCUGGAGUAAAAAAUUCCCACAAAGUAAACAAUGUGUUGUCUGUUUUGUAUCAUCUGGACAUGCCAUUUUAGGAUAUGCGACCACCUUGGAGAAUGUUAAGGUGGUUUAUGGCAUUUGGGGUAGCAUAAUAAUAUGCUUCCAAAUUGUAUGUUUAAAAUCCUUCAAAAUAAAUGCCUAUCCUGCUUCUGCCUGCCCCCUUGGAACAGUGUACAGACUAUAGUUAUGUCAUAGGGACCUGUAAAUAGCUGUUUUCAAACACAUAAUAAUGGUGACCUUUGUCCUGUUCUAAAAUGUGGUUUUAUCCCCCAAGUGAGUGUCUCAAGCUUAAUGUGCUGUGCUAUGUAAAUAUUGUAUUGAUUUAACACUGGUUUAACUGUCAUAUCUCAAUGCUGACACAGUUAUAGGGAUAAAUAAUAAAUGGUACCUGAUUGACAUAGUGAUUUUUUUGUAAGAGUAAACACCUCCAGCGUAAAUUGUAUGGAAGUGGGUGGGUGGAUGGCUGUGUGGAGAUGCCUUAAACUGUAGACUGGGUGGCAUGAGAGAAUUGAAAUUGAUUUUAUGAAUUGGUAUGGAUUUCUGAAAGUAAGUGCUAAACUAGUACUUUCUUGUGCUUGUCACUGUGCAAGUAUUGUGUACAUGUAAUACUUGGUAUAGAGUUUGGUAUUCUAGCUGAGGAAUUGAGUCUUUGUGUUGUUAAUUGCUUGCGAUAUGUGGAGCACAAAUAAAAUCUAUACAAUAUUUUAAAACUUUUUAGUUCAGAAAUAUCAAUAGAGAACAACGUAAAUUGUUUAGGGUCCUGGUAACAGUUGUACAAUAGAGCUGCUUGAAAGAAACAGCCUCACUGUUGUGGAAAUAGGUUUUCAUUUUCCAAUUAAAAAAUCUCCUGAAGAAUCUGUUUAAAAAAAAAGGAAAAGAAAAAAAAUGUCUUGAUUAAACAUUCCUGUUUAAUUUAUA